GCGGUUGUUCAAAUAGUUGUUAUACAACAAGGAUUAUGUUUCGUUUUGGGGAUGUAAAUACACAUUGUUGUCAGUUCUACUUUUUAAUUAUUGACUAUGAAAACAUAAUCUCAUGAUAAGCAUGGAAACAGAAAUCAAUUGUUCCAAUAAUACUAACAGCAAUAAUAAUAAUACCAAUAAUAAUCAACAUCAGCAUUUUGGAUUAUUACUAAAAAAAGAUUCCGUGAAAAUACCCUCUCAUGCAACACUGUCAUCAAAUGAAAUAGAUUUACCCAUAAUUGAUAAUUGUAAUAAUAAUAAUAAUAGCAAUAAUAAUACCAGUGAUAAUCGAAAUAGCACAUCAAGUGAAUUAAAAUUUAUGGAUGAAAGUACCUCAUCAUCGUCUUCAUCAAUAUGCGGUGUUAUCGAUGGUCCAGCACCAUCAGCACCGCCACCAUCAUCCUCUAGUGGAGGAGGUACAGGUACUGCUGGAGGCGGAUUAUCUGAAUCUUCAGGUGAUUUAACACUUGCUGGCAAUAAAUCGUCUUCUUCAACAUUAUCAAGUCGUGAUCAUCACCAUCCUCAGCAUUGUGUGGAUAGUAAUCUCCUAUUGCAUAAUGGAUUACCAAGUGUUGAAUCUUCUUUAUACCCUCAAUCAUUAUUGAAUAAGACAAAUCCAUUUUUUAUUCCUUCGAAAUCGAAUAAACCUGUCAGUACUAGAAGUAGCAAUAGUAGUGGAACGACGACGUCACCGACAACAGCAAUAACCACAACAGCAGCAGCAGCGACAUCAAAUCCAACAUUAUCGAAUACUUCACUGACAGAUUCUAAGCAAACACGAUUGAAUAAUAAUAAUAAUAAUGCCAUCAUCAUGCCAAGUAGUUAUAAAUCACGUAUCCCUGUGCCGAUUUCAACUGAGACCGCCAGUUCAGCUGUAACACAGAAAUUGACAAUCAAAUCACAGAUUGGUGGUGGUGGUAAUCAAGUCGUUAGGAAUGUUGUAUCACUACCGAUGAAUAAAGUGGCGGAUAAUGAUACACCUAAUCCGUCAACUCCACCUGUCAAAUCAACCGCUGAAAAUGGUUACAUGAAUGAUAAUACUACUACUAAUAAUAAUAAUGGUGAUAAUAAUGAUAAUGAUGAUGAUAAUGUAUGUGUUAAAGUAAAAUCGAAGAGUACUCAUUCUUAUCCACCUCUUCCUCCACUUUCAUCAAAUCGUAUUGAUUCUCAUAAGACUCUUAAAGGAGUCCCUUCGAAAUCCAUCUCGUCUUCUCACUCCCCUCACCAUCGUCAACAGGGACAAAUAUGA